ACUGGAUUGAAUGCGGAUGCGCAAUAAAACGAACCAAAAAAGGGAACUUCGCGCAGAUUUCCCCUGAUGGAGUUAAAAGAUUUUUGCCUCCACGUAGAAGAGCACUUCUUAAAAUCACGGACUUCAGGUCCGUGUUAAAAUGGUGCAAACACAAAAUACUUGGAGAACGUUGACAUUGAUUGUCUUGAUGGACCACCUCAGCUUUGUUAUCCCAAACGCAACUGAUGACGUGGAUAUUGAAGAAGAAAUCCAUGACAAAUAUGUAAUUUUAGAAAAUGACAUUGACAAUCAGAUUCAGAAUAUCGUUGAGGAAAAAGAUCAAAAGAAUUUGGUGGAUUGUUAUUCAUUUACUGUAGAUGACAUAUCUGGAGAGACCAUUUCAUUAGAAAAGUAUAGAGGAAUGAUUUCACUUAUUGUGAAUGUUGCCAGUGAGUGUGGGUAUACAGAUAAUCACUAUAAGGGACUUGUGAAGGCCAAGCAGGCAUUUGGUUCUAAGUUUACAGUUCUAGCAUUCCCCUGUAACCAGUUUGGUGCUCAAGAACCAAAGGGUAACAAUGGCAUUUUGCAGUUUGCUCAAGGUGUAUAUGGAGCCAAUUUCCCAAUGUUUGCCAAGAUAAAUGUCCUUGAGCCUGAUGUUUCGCCUGUAUGGCAGUUCUUAGCAGAAACAUCUGGUCAUGCUCCAAACUGGAACUUCUGGAAGUACCUGGUGGAUGGAGAUGGACAUGUCCUCAAUGCAUAUGGCCCAUGGGUAUCUGUAGAAGAUAUGUGGCAAGACAUCACCUUUGCUGUUCAUAAACUGAACAAUGCUGACAAACCUUAUGAUCACAGCGAACUGUAAAUGUUUAUCAAGAGUUAUCCAUGACGUGCAACUCAUUUCAUGAUUCUUGUCAUUGGUCAUUUUACAUCAGUGUAUUCUGGUUUACCAGACACAAUCUUACAACAUAUAGUACCUCAUACUGGAGUUACUCAUGAAUAUGCCCACUGGGUUUUUAUUUUGACCCAUGGGCCUUUUUCUAAGGGG